CAUGCAGACUUUAGUCCAUCUGUUCAAACUGUUCACUGGACCAAGCAUGCUCGGCAUGGCCUCUAUAAUUCGGAGUGGAGGGCUGUUGAACAGGAAGAACCAAUAUGCACUUUGAGCAUUUGAUGGAGGAGUGUGUUCUGCUGCAUACAGAGUACAGGCACUGCAGACGGAUGGCUUCUUGGAUAAGGAAGACAACGUUAUGCUUCAUCGUCAUGUGUCAGAUUGGCUUUUUAUGUUUCUACAUUAAGAUCAUAGGAACAAUGCUACAGUCAGAGCUGGUCCGACUGAUCACCAACUACCCGUUGUCCAUGGCGAUGACGCAGCUAGUGGUCUGUGUGGCUCUCAUCCCUUACAUGUGGCUCCGCUCUCUCAAACUGCUGGCCUGGGCCUCGCUGCUGGGGAACAUCUUCACGCUUGUGUGUGCUGUGACCAUCUUACAAGUGAGUGUCCGGAGCCUACAGCCCGUCUCUCACGUGCCCCUGAUCAACACAGACAUGUGGAUGCUCCCUGUCCUGGUGGGAUCCUCUGUGUUCAGCGUGGAGGGCAUCACUAUGACUAUCCCUGUACACAACAAGACAAAGAACCCCCGGGAUUUCGGAGGUGCGUGCGGUCUCCUGAUGGUGGCCACGACUUGUACUCUGUGUCUGAACAGUGCUAUAGGAUUCUUUGCUUAUCUCUCCGUGGGGGACGAGGUGACAGGCAAUCUGCUGGUCACCCUACCUAACGAAUGGGGCUACACAGCUGUGAAGUUUGCUUACGCUCUGGUUGUCUUCUUGACUUUUGCCCUGCAAGGUUACCUUCCGGGGGAGAUCCUGGCGGCGAAGAUAAAGGAAAGUAGCAAGAUAGACGUGGUGACAAGACAGGCAGACAAGAUAGCCAGGACUGCUGUUGUGGUGGUUACGUACCUUGUGGCGGCCCUCAUCCCAAACGUGGAGCUGGCCAUGUCUCUGUGUGGAUCCUUCACCGUGGUUUUCAUCGUGUUCAUUUUCCCUCCUGUGGCCGAGAUGUUGAUCCUGAGCAAGGAUGAGGGAGGUGUGCCAAAACUUGUGCUCGUGAAGGACUGUGCGAUCUUAGUCUUCGGCGUGCUGGCCUUUUUUACGGGGACGUAUACGAGUAUAAGGGACAUCAUCCUCGCUUUCUGAACAAGUUUUCUUUUUUAAAAGGAUAUGUGUGUG